UCUUCUCUCUCUCAAAGAAAUAAGUAAAAUCUUAAAAAAAAGACUUGGCCAUGGGGUACAGCUCCACUCUUGUAAGAGGCAGCACCAGCCGCCGAGUACCUGUCCUCACAGGAGCACUCCGAGGCGGAUGGCCGGAUGGCAGGUGCUGGGAGAAGCACAUGCCCAGCGGCAAGGCUACGGAUCAUCCCUGGCAACAGACAGAUCUGAGCCCCUCUGAUACAAAGUCCCUGAAAGCCCCCGGGCAUCUCCUCUGCUGCCACGCUGGCUUGCCCCCAGCUGCCGAGGAGUGUUCGUAAUGUGGGAGCAGGAAGGCUCUUUGGCUCUGGGUGUGGCGGAGCCCCGGGUCUUGGGCCCCAGGAGCCCGUGGUCUGGGGGAGGGGCAGAGUCCCAGGCAGCCCCCUGCCCCCCCCCAGCCUGAGUGGACAGGAAGCCUGGGGAGGGAGACUUCUCCUCGUGUGUGACAAGCAGGAAGCGUGUUUGUGGGGCCCCGAUAAAGCCCUGGGAGGAUGUCGCUGGACCGACAUAGACCAGCGGAGAUGGCGCAGGUCUCGGGGUGCUGUCCUGGCCGGCCAAGCGCAGCCACCAGUCCUCAGGCCUCGAAAACGCCUUUAUGCCGAGGAAAUGAUUUGAAGGAGAGACAGCACGCUGGCAGUUGGUGUGCGCGCUGGGGUCAGAGUGUGGCUCGUUCUCAUGGCUCUAGAGCCGUAUUGCCACUUCACUCCGAAAGAUGGAAUGAGUUUGUGGUUCUCCCAACAUGUGAAGAAAACAGACAGCUUCUGACACAGCAGAGGUCAGACUCCCAUGAUGAGGAGGUCUCCCCGACCCCGCCGAACCCCGUGGUGAAAGCCCGCCGCCGCCGAGGGGGCGUGAGUGCCGAGGUGUACACGGAGGAGGAUGCCGUGUCCUACGUGAGGAAGGUCAUCCCCAAGGAUUAUAAGACCAUGACGGCGCUGGCCAAAGCCAUCUCCAAAAACGUGCUGUUUGCUCACCUGGAUGACAACGAGAGAAGUGACAUCUUCGACGCCAUGUUCCCUGUCACGCACAUUGCCGGGGAGACCGUCAUACAGCAAGGGGACGAAGGAGAUAACUUCUAUGUGAUUGACCAAGGAGAAGUAGAUGUGUAUGUGAACGGAGAGUGGGUGACCAGCAUCAGCGAAGGGGGCAGCUUUGGGGAGCUGGCGCUCAUCUAUGGCACCCCCAGGGCAGCCACCGUGAAGGCCAAGACAGACCUCAAGCUCUGGGGCAUCGACCGGGACAGCUACCGGCGCAUCCUCAUGGGCAGCACACUGAGAAAACGCAAGAUGUAUGAGGAGUUUCUCAGCAAGGUCUCCAUCCUGGAGUCCCUGGAGAAAUGGGAGCACCUGACUGUGGCGGAUGCCCUGGAGCCCGUGCAGUUCGAGGACGGAGAGAAGAUCGUGGUUCAGGGGGAGCCCGGGGAUGACUUCUUCAUCAUCACGGAGGGCACAGCCUCCGUCCUCCAGCGCCGGUCCCCCAAUGAGGAGUAUGUGGAGGUGGGGCGCCUGGGGCCCUCCGACUACUUCGGGGAGAUUGCGCUGCUGCUGAACCGGCCCCGGGCGGCCACCGUGGUGGCCCGGGGGCCCCUCAAGUGCGUCAAGCUGGACCGGCCCCGCUUCGAGCGCGUGCUGGGCCCCUGCUCCGAGAUCCUCAAGAGGAACAUUCAACGUUACAACAGCUUCAUCUCCCUCACCGUCUGAGCCCUGCAGCCCCGCGGCCCCGCUUCCGCGUGCUGGCGUGCUCUUGUGUGUCCGCGGGCCGCGGGGGGCGGGCGCCCCAGCCGCGGGGGCCACCCCUCCCUCCGGACUCCUGUUGGGAAUAAAACAGUCACCCUGUGCAUUGCAAAACAAAGGUCCCCCAAGACCCCCAGGCCGAGGAGAUGCCUGCGGCCCCUCCCCAUGUCCCUCCCUCUCCCCAGCUUGUGGGUGGUUCUUCCCGGACCCGAGCCUCUGGGGGCACAGGAACCAGCCUGCCCCCAGCGGCCAAGGGGCCAGGUGUGAGUCUGUGCUGGCCUGGGUGGGCUGGGUCGGCCGGGUCAGGCCAUGUAGGUGCCUUCGUGCCCUGGGGUCCUGAACAUCACAUGAUCAGGGCUGCAGUCCCGAGUGUGGCUCGGUGACCUCUGGGGGGGUGUCCCAGAGGGACCCCGGCUUCCAGGGGAAGUUGAUGUAGGGGAGAGAAGGCCCCUGCUCCUGGGGGUCCUGCCUGAGAUGCCAGGCAUGAGAGCCUCUGAUGACCCUCCCCUGCCCCAGGACCCAGGCGCACAGGGACCCUUAGAGGAGGGACGUGGUCGAGGGACGUGCGCCCUCGCCUUCCCUGGGAAGUGCACCAGGUGGCCAGGCACGCCAGGAGCUGGGGACGCCCCACCAUCUGGGGAGCACUGUGCUCCCGGAGCCAGGGUGGGGCCCAGGAUGAUGUCUGUUCUACCCCUUGUCUGCAGAGCAGCUUGUUGGAGACUUGUUGGGUCUUCCAGACACAUUCUGGAUAAAGUUGUAAAGGUCCCCUUCUGAGUUGUCUAGUGAUGCCCCACUAGACCUGCGUUGCCCUGGGAGACAAGUGUGGACCUACCGAGACCCUGCCCCGCCCAAAGCAGGAAAGUAGCAAACAGCCCCAGGCCCCACACUCCCAAGUCCGCGAUCGAUUGAGUGCCCCCGUGGAUGUGUUUUCUGUCCAAGCGCCCUGCGAGCGAGAGAGGCCUGGAGGCAUGCAGAGCCUCACGGUGGCUCCCGGAGCCACAAACGAGAUGGCGCAGUUACCCCGAGUUUGCUCUUCCUGUGCACGUCCAGGGGGCUGCCGGUCCCAGGUGGCCCCCGGCCAGCCCUGCCUAUGCCCGCGGAUUUUCUGUGAUGCGUAAGCCUGCCCUAUUUAUCGCGAUGUUCUGAAUGCUGCAUGCAGUAUUAAAUGUGCAAUGAAGUGUC